AUGCGAAGCCAGCGCCGAAAAUUGCCAUCAACAGCCGAAGCAACUGCUCAGUUUGGCGGAACCAGAAAGUCGAUUGUUUUAGCCCUUUUGGCCUUUUACGCUUUGAGCCGUCUCCAUGGCCUACACCCCUGUCCGGCCCCUGCCUCAUGCGGGGUUUGUAUGCAUCAUACAGCGCCCUGCUCGAUGUCAGCUCGGGAAGACUAUCUGCCUCAACUCGCUCGAGACAAGACCUGCCCUUCACUACCUAGCGAGCGAUUAUCCCGCUCAACCAGUACAGCAUCAAGUCCGCCCCACCAUUUGUUGUGGUUGCUGUCCACCCUUGCGCGCAUUCUCCGCACUCAGUGGGUGACAGUCGCCACAGAGUAG